ACGCUGACAUCACAAAGCACAGCUCAUAGUGGCUCUAGAACACCUGGGCUCCCGGGUUACUUUCCCUAACUCAUAACUGGGGUCCUGAAGCCUCUGAACAUGUAGCUCCUGGAGCUGCUAUCUUAUUAAAAUGUCAACAUUCUCACCUUCAUCAUCUAUCUGGGACAUCCUAGAUUAUGCCUCUCUCAGCUCAAUAUGGAAUUGGCUACAAUCAAUUCUCCCAGGACAGACUAGUGUGACUCAGCAACCAAAUUUGGGGCUACUAGAUAAUCUUGCUUCGGCUGUGCAAGUUAUCCUGGGAAUCUUCUUUCUUAUUUUGUUGGCAGUAGGACUAUUUACCUUAUGGAAACGAAGUGUUCGGUCAAUUCAGAGUAUAUUGUUGUUUGUAAUCACACUCUACAGACUUUACAAGAAGGGCUCAGAUUUUUUGCAGGCUUUGCUGGCCAACCCAGAAGGGCAUAGCCUCCCACUUCCAGAAGGUCAUAAUUUCUUCCUGUCCUUGGGUCUGCAAGAGAAAAUUCUGAAACAACUUCAGAUGGUGGAAAACAAAGUGAAGAACCUGGAAGGGAUGAUCACUUCUAAAAAACCUGCCACGAAGAGGGAUUGCUCCUCUGAGCCCUACUGCAGCUGCUCCGACUGCCACAGUCCCUUGCCCACGUCAGGGUUUACUUCCACGUCUGAAAUCUGAUGGACUCCACAAUCUUUUCCAGAAAAGCACUGUUUCCCUUAUGUGUGCAGUGGUGUGUACCAAUAAAGGUAAAGAACUAUGCCGAAAUUACCCUGCAAGGCCUGGCUCUCUAUUCAGUAGAGCCCAACUUCUACUUGUGUGUGUGGUGGGGUAAUAUUGGAUAUGGUGGUGGUUAAAAAUGUCUCUGAGAUAGUGGUGCCCGCUCUGCCGGCUGGAGACCAUGAGCAGUCAUA